GAACAUGGUGCUGGUGGGAAGACUCGCGCAGCCGGUGUGCGGCCUGAGCGAGCGCAGGCAGUUCUGGGGAUGGCUGAACGCCGUGUUCAACAAAGUGGACUACGAACGUAUACAAGCCGUUGGCCCCGACAGGGCAGCUUCAGAGUGGCUCCUGCGAUGUGGGGCACUGGUGCGGUAUCAAGGCUCUCAGAAGUGGCAGCAGGACUACAACGGGCUCCCCACGGGGCCCUUGGGGAAGUACAAGAUAGAAGCGAUUAACGCCACCGAGUCCUGCAUCAUGUACAGAGGGUUUGACUAUUUGGAUGGUCUUGAACACGUUACAGAAAUCAAGCUGCAGAAGUGUAUCUACAUCCAGGACCAGUGUCUGCAGAGGCUCAGCGAGACAAAGACUCUCCAGAAGAGUCUCCUCCAGCUGAAGAUCAUUUCCUGUGGGAACGUCACAGAUAAAGGCAUCAUUGCGCUUCACAAGCUGACGAACCUUGAAUAUUUGUAUCUGAGUGACCUUCCUGGAAUAAGACAGAAAGAAACUACUGUUCACAUGCUGCAGCAGGCACUGCCAAACCUAGAGCUGGAGCUGGAUUUAGAAUAAACACAACUGCACGUAAUUAAUCGAGAUGUAUUUGAUUUAAUAGUAUUUAUUUCAACAAAUUAUGCAAUUAA